CUCUCUUUAUCGAACGUUGGAAGAUGGAGUUGUUGAGUAUGUUGAGAGUAUUCUCCAAAUAUAAUUUGCUUUAUACUUACUCUUGCAGGAUUCUAAUACUACCCAUCAUUUCUCUUCUGCUUAUUUUCCAUUUCUCUGCUGAGAAUCAAUUGUAUUUCCUUUCUGAAAAUUGAGUUUUCUACCCAUAUGAUAAUGCCUCAGGGUGUUGUGGAGAUAAAUUUUCUCUUUUGUUGUUUGGUUCAUGAGAAAUAAAUCUUUGAUUUCAGUCGAGAAAGUGAUAAAAGUAGAUCUCUUCAGAGAAGAACCAGCAUGCCUUUUGGGUUGGUCUCGGCAUGGAAUAAGCGCAGGAGAAGCAAGUCUGAGGAUCAUGUUGACCCUUGGAUAUAUAAAACUGUGGAAAAUUGGCAACUUGAAAAUCAAAACCCACCGGCGAAAAGACGGCAAGGAUCAUCAGUUUUCACACUAAGGGAAAUGGAGGAGGCAACAUGCUCUUUCAGUGAUGAGAAUUUGCUUGGGAAAGGAGGAUUUGGCAAAGUUUACAAGGGCACUUUGAGGUCUGGAGAGGUUGUUGCAAUCAAGAAAAUGGAGCUACCAAAAUUCAAAGAAGCCGAAGGGGAACGCGAAUUUCGUGUGGAAGUUGAUAUGUUGAGCAGACUGGACCAUCCAAAUCUGGUUUCCCUAAUAGGCUAUUGUGCUGAUGGGAAGCAUAGGUUUCUAGUAUACGAGCAUAUGCAAAAAGGGAACCUGCAAGAUCAUUUAAAUGGAAUUGGAGAAGUGAAGAUGGAUUGGCCUUCAAGGCUCAAAGUGGCUAUCGGAGCGGCUAGAGGACUUGCUUAUCUCCAUUCAAGUUCUGCUGUUGGGAUUCCAAUUGUUCAUAGGGACUUCAAAUCUACCAACAUUCUUUUAAACACCAACUUUGAAGCAAAGAUAUCAGAUUUUGGACUUGCCAAGUUCAUGCCAGAGGGCCAGGAAAUCUAUGUGACUGCCAGAGUUCUUGGUACUUUUGGCUAUUUUGAUCCCGAGUAUACAUCGACAGGAAAACUCACUUUACAAAGUGAUGUUUAUGCAUUUGGAGUUGUUCUGCUUGAGCUUUUGACUGGAAGGAGAGCUUUGGACCUGAGCCAAGGACCCAAUGAUCAAAACCUUGUACUACAGGUUAGGCAUAUAUUGAACAACAAGAAAAAACUGCGCAAGGUGAUAGAUCCAGAGAUGAGCCGGAGUUCAUUCACAAUGGAGUCUAUAUCCAUGUUUGCAAACCUAGCAUCGCGCUGUGUUCGUACUGAAAGUAGUGAGAGACCCUCAAUGGAAGAAUGCAUAAAAGAACUCCAGAAGAUUCUCUACUGGAAUUCAAAAGUAAAUUCAGAUUGGUCGGAACACCCCACCAGCUUGAAAAUGUUUGCCAUAAAAAACAAUCAUGCUUUAUAAACUCUCAUCGGAUUCUUCAUUAUCAGAAGCGUUUGGCAAAUCCUAGCCGGUGGCUUCUGGAUCACUUUCUUGUGUGCGCUCAGCAGUGUGUAACAAUUGUAGCAGUUUGAUAAGGUGCCAAAUAUUCAUUCCAUUUAAUUAUAAUAAAUGGAUUUCACAGAAGAUGAAAUGUAUAAAAAAAAAAGAAAAAAAAAAGGGGGGAAUGAGAAGAUCAUAAGAAAGGAACAUUUCCAUGUAUGUCGUGUUUAUUCUAUUAGUACCACCAUUUGGUUCUGAUAUAUUUCAUUUAAAAGAUGUAAACUUUUUGGUGGAUUUGUAUUAAAUUACGGUGGAAAAGAAGAAACUGGCAAUUUUGUGCA